AGCAAUAAGGGGGCAGCGAAGGAGUGUGUCCCUGUGCCCUCUCCAGCACGUGGUGUGGCUCCUUCACCCAGAAGGAUGCUUUAGAGAUGUUAACUGCCUGUCGUUCCUCCCAUGGAUAGUUAAUAGUGCUCCCCUAAAAAAAAAUACUUUGUGAAGGUGUGAUUUUUCAUACAGUAAAGUGCACAAAUCUUGAGUACAGAAGAACCAUUUGCUGCAUAUGUGGCCACCACCCAGAUGAUGAUCGAGAAUAAUAUUAAGAGCCCGAGAAAAUUCCCUGGUGACCCUUUCGAGGCAUUAGUACGGGGUCUUCCCUCCCUGCCAGAGGGUAUCAGCAUGGAAGCCAUGAGUGAGAAUAAAAUGGUGCCCUCUGACUUUACCACAGGCCCCAUGGACAAAACUUCCAAACCUUUGCCAUUUAAGGAUCCUAACUUUGUGCACUCCGGCCAUGGUGGCGCAGUUGCUGGCAAGAAGAAUAGAACCUGGAAGAACCUGAAACAAAUCCUUGCUUCUGAAAGGGCGUUGCCGUGGCAACUGAAUGAUCCUAACUACUUCAGUAUUGAUGCUCCUCCAUCCUUCAAACCAGCUAAGAAGUAUUCUGAUGUUUCAGGUCUUCUUGCCAACUACACGGACCCGCAGAGCAAGCUGCGCUUCAGCUCCAUCGAAGAGUUUUCCUACAUCCGCAGGCUGCCCUCCGACGUGGUCACUGGCUACCUGGCCCUGAGGAAGGCCACGAGCAUCGUGCCCUGAGCCCGGGGAAGUGGCGACGAGGUGGAGAGCUCGCCAAGCCGGCCUUGGACGCGCAGCUCUGCCUCAUGGAAACGCCCCUCCUGCUGUCAGUCUGGAAAUGUCAGCGCUGGGCCUUGGAAAGAAUGUUUGGCUUUAAGGUGUGUGUUUUUCUCUGUGUUCCCUCCAAGUGUGAUAUUUCCUGUGGAGUUAAAUUAUAUUUCACUUGAUGCUUCAAGUAAAGACAUUUGACAAGAAAA